AUGCUUUUAACUGAAGCCCAUCUUGAGACUCGACAGGCCUUUGGCGCCGCAUUUAUUCUCGGAGUACUCGUGCAUAUCUUUGUUCUACGUAAAGGCGAAUGGGACCUUUGGACUGUUAAGCUUAUCAAGGCAUGGACAACGUAUGAGGUUACUGUCUCACUGUUCCUCACCCAACUCUACUCCUUCUCAGUCUGGCAAGCUCUCUCAGUCACCAACAAAUGGUUCACAUCGUUUGUUACGGGUCUUUCAAUCAGCAUCUUGACAUAUCGAGCAUUUUUUCACCGACUGAACCGUUUCCCCGGUCCAUUUCUUGCUCGCCUCUCAACAUUCUACGCUACUUAUCUUACGGUCGAUGAAGAGCAUAUGUAUCUUGAGGUCCAGAAGCUUCAUGAGAAGUACGGCGCUAUUGUCCCAGCCUCAGGAGAUGAGCGCUUACCACGAGCAGCCCUACGCGAUUAUGAGCACCGAGUGCUCAAAUACACCAAGCUUCUCACAGACCGUAUUGAUGAAGCAAAGGGUGAACCAUUCAAUAUAGCCCUAUGGGUCAACUUCUACACCUUUGACAUCAUGGGUGAUCUUGCCUUCGGAAAAAGCUUCGACAUGCUUGAAAGCGGCGUCGAACACAACUUCUUCACUGAGUCCCACAAAACCCAGGGUUUCAUGGGCGCGUUCCGGCGACUGGUUUGGUUCUUCCCUCUUGUUUCAUCUAUCCCAAUCGUGAACAGUUCGUUUUUGGCUUUUCAAGCCUAUAUCAGGAAUCAAGUCGAGACUCGACGAAAGAAUAAACCGGCGGAACCAGAUGUGUUCAGUAGUAUCCUGGAAGAUUACGAUGCGAUGGAGAAGCCCACUCAGCAGGACUUCGAUAACCUUUGUGGUGACGCUCAUCUCAUUGUUAUCGCUGGCAGUGAUACCACUUCUUCUUCCACGACUUGUCUCUUGCACAACCUCGUACUCCACCCCGAUGUGCUGGCAAAACUUCAGGCUGAGAUCGAUGAAUACAAGAACACCCACGACGAAUAUGAUCUGGUUUCCCUAAGCAAGCUACAGUAUCUUCAAGCUUGUAUCGAUGAGUCACUUCGUCUUUAUCCUGUUGUCCCAUCAGGUGUUCCAAGGAUGACUCCGCCGGAAGGAAUGCAGCUUGAUGGUGUUUACAUACCUGGAGAUACCAUUAUACAUAGCCCUUCUUACCCCAUGUACCGAGAUGAGCGUUGCUUUGAGAAGCCGAACGAGUUUAUUCCUGAGCGAUGGACCACUAAACCGGAGCUGAUCAAGGAUGCAUCGGCAUACGCUCCAUUCCAUACUGGUCGUGGCGUUUGUGCUGGAAAGCAACUUGGUCUUAUGGAGAUGCGCUAUGUGCUCAUGGAUAUUCUCUCAAGAUAUGAUAUUGCUUUCACACCCGGAACCAAUCCCCAGGCUUUUAUUGAUGGCUUGAGAGAUUGUUACACUCUGGAACUGCCAAGGUUGGAUAUGGUGUUCACUCCAAGAACUGGGGGAAACGCCAAAGCAUAG